AUGUGGGCAGCGGCCCCUCUCCUGCUCCCGCUCCUGCUGCUGCUCCUGCUGCCUCUGGCGCGGCUGUGCCGGCGCGGGGCGGCGCGGCUGGAGCCGGCCGGGCGGGCCGUGCUCAUCACGGGCUGUGACAGCGGCUUCGGGCACCUGCUGGCGCUGCGCCUGCACCGCCUGGGCUUCACCGUGUUCGCGGGCUGCCUGUGCCCCGGCGGGGACGGGGCGCGGCGGCUGCAGCGGGAGGCGGGCGGCGCGGGCCGGCUGCGCGUCCUGCGGCUCGAUGUGACCCGCGCCCGCGACGUGCGCGCCGCCAAGGAGCUGGUGCUCAGCCACCUGCCCGAGCGAGGUUUCUGGGGCCUUGUCAACAAUGCAGGAAUAUCAACAUUUGGUGAGACAGGCUGGCUGCCUAUGGAGACAUAUGAAAAAUUUGCAGAUGUGAAUCUCCUUGGGAGCAUCAGGACAACCCUGGCAUUUCUUCCCCUUUUAAGGAAAUACAAGGGACGUAUUGUUUUCAUGUCCAGCAUCAUUGCCUACUUUACUCUGGGAAAUGGCAUUUAUUCUAUGACCAAGGCAGCUAUUGAAAAAUUUUGUGAUGCUUUAAGACUGGAAAUGAAGAAGUUUGGUGUCCAGGUCUGUAUUAUCCAGCCAGGAAAUUAUGCACGCUCUACAAAAAUUCAGCCACCGCUCAGUGCCGAAGAGAUCUGGAGUGAACUGAGUGAAGAGGAAAAGGCUGUUUACAGCAAGGAGUACGUUCAAGAGCGGGCAGACUUUUUCAACAGCAUCCUCAGUGAGGGAAGCACUAAUGGCAAUGAGGUGGUAGAUGCCAUGGUGGAUGCUCUAACAUCUCCUGCACCCAAGGCACGGUACAUGGUGGCAAAGCUGAAGGAGAAGGCCCUGGUGUUGGUGUGUGCUUUGUUCCCAACUGCCGUGAUGGAUUCUGUUCUGUCUUAUGCUCUGAGCAAGGUAAAACUUGCAUAGCCUGCAGUGGUGCUACUCCCUGGCUCCGGUGAGGCAGUGUAUCACAUGUGAAAGGCAGAGCUGAACUGAACGCUCCUGUGUCAGUACAGUGACACUCAUUAACCAGUACAAACUCUGGGGAGUCUCCCUAGUCAGAACUGUCACCGAUUGCUACAGAAAAACAUACAGGACCCUGUGUAAAAUUAAAUCAUUUAAGUAACUUUAUCUCUUCCCUGUGGAAACACCCCAUCCACAUAAGCCACUUUAGUUAUUGCCUGGAAAAAUUAAUAGAUCCUUUUCUAAAGCAAAAGCAGGUUACUGUGUUACAGACAUGAUGCAGACAAAAUGGAGUGCAUCCUACAGGGCAGCUG